GAUUGUAAACAAGUCGAGAUUUUUUUUUUUUUUUUUUAAAAACCUUCCCCCCCCGAAGACAGUUAUCGUAGGGGUGGGGAGAAUCCCAAAUUAUCAGGUUGUUUUUAUGCGUUUUUGUGUUUUUUAAAAAAACCAAACAUGUAAAUUUUACAUACAUUUUAGCUAUUAAAAAUAAAAUAAGAUUUUUAGUGGCUAUCGGCAUUUCCUCCUCUUUUGUUUUGCAUUUUGCGAACAUUUUCUUUGGUGCCUUUUUGAAUGGGGGGUUCUUAAAAGGGGGGGCUGUUGGAGGUUGAAGGGGGGUGAAGAUUUAAAGCUUGGAAACUUUUCGUGCAGCUGCUGGAGCAAAGCUCUGAGCCCCCCAAGCUAGCGCCAGCAGAGAGAGGGAGGGAGAAAGAGAGGUAGCGGAGGAGAGAAAGUCUUUCUAGGGUUCUCAUCUGUUGUAAGAAAGUGUAGUUUCUUAGCGGGCUGACAUUGAAACAACUUCAGCUGUUUACUUUUAGGAUGUCUCGUCGCAAGCAAGCUAAACCAAGAGCACUAAAAGUAGAAGAAAAUGAAUCAGAGGACCAGGAAGGAGUGGAACAGUCAGCAGUGCCGAUAGAUCUGAACUGUAAACUAGAAGACAGGACAGACGAUGGAGAGUUGAUAGAUUGUAAGAAAAGACCGGAAGAAGGGGAGGAAUUAGAGGAAGAAGCUGUGCACAGUUGUGACAGCUGCCUCCAGGUGUUCGAGUCAUUGAGUGACAUCACAGAGCACAAGAUUAAUCAAUGUCAACUGACAGAUGGAGUAGAUAUUGAAGAUGAUCCUUCCUGCUCAUGGCCAGCUUCUUCACCCUCUAGUAAAGAUCAGACUUCCCCAAGCCAUGGAGAUGGUUGUGACUUUGGUGAAGAAGAAGGUGGCCCAGGAUUGCCCUACCCAUGCCAGUUUUGUGACAAGUCUUUUAGCCGCCUCAGCUAUUUAAAGCAUCACGAGCAAAGUCACAGCGACAAGCUCCCUUUCAAGUGCACCUAUUGCAGCCGCCUCUUCAAACAUAAGCGGAGCCGAGAUCGCCAUAUUAAACUUCACACAGGAGAUAAGAAGUACCACUGUAGCGAAUGUGAUGCAGCAUUUUCAAGAAGUGAUCACCUUAAAAUUCAUUUGAAGACUCAUACCUCUAACAAGCCAUAUAAGUGUGCCAUUUGCCGACGUGGAUUUCUCUCCUCUAGUUCACUUCAUGGACACAUGCAAGUUCAUGAGAGGAACAAAGAUAGUUCUCAAUCUGCCUCCCGGAUGGAGGAAUGGAAAAUGAAGGACACUCAGAAAUGCAGUCAGUGUGAAGAAGGUUUCGAUUUUCCAGAAGAUCUUCAGAAACACAUAGCAGAAUGCCACCCAGAGUGUUCCCCAAAUGAAGACCGAGCUGCUCUUCAGUGUGUUUACUGUCACGAACUCUUUAUAGAGGAAAGUUCACUAGUAAAUCACAUGGAACAGGCUCAUAAUGGAGUGGAAAAAAAACAUAUGUGCAGUAUUUGCUCAGAGAACUUCCAUACUGUCGAAGAGCUAUAUAGCCACAUGGAUAGUCACCAGCAGCCAGAAUCAUGCAACCAUAGUAACAGUCCCUCUUUAGUGACAGUUGGUUACACCUCAGUCUCUAGCACUACUCCAGAUUCAAAUCUCUCAGUAGACAGUUCAACUAUGGUUGAAGCGGUUCCCCCAAUCACAAAAGGACGUGGAAGAAAACGGACAGCCCAGCAGGUGGCAGAUAUCACUGGGGCUUCAAAUAAACAAGCCAAGGUUGCUUAUAGUUGCAUUUAUUGCAACAAGCAGUUAUUUUCAAGCCUUGCAGUACUGCAAAUACAUUUGAAAACUAUGCAUUUAGAUAAACCUGAACAAGCCCAUAUUUGUCAGUAUUGUUUAGAAGUGUUACCUUCACUUUACAACCUAAAUGAGCAUCUGAAACAAAUACAUGAAGCACCAGAUCCUGCACUGAUAGUUUCUACCAUGCCUGCUAUGAUCUACCAGUGUAACUUCUGUUCAGAAGUUUUCAACGACCUCAACUCCCUUCAGGAACAUAUUCGAUGUACUCAUGGAUUUGGAAAUCCAGCUGCUAAAGACAGUAAUGCAUUCUUUUGUCCUCAUUGUUAUAUGGGAUUUCUUACUGAUUCUUCUUUGGAAGAGCAUAUUAGACAAGUCCAUUGUGAUCUUAGCAGUUCUCGUUUUGGUUCUCCUGUGUUAGGUACCCCUAAAGACCCUGUUGUUGAAGUAUAUUCUUGCUCUUACUGCACAAAUUCUCCAAUAUUUAAUAGUGUUCUUAAACUGAAUAAGCAUAUAAAGGAGAAUCAUAAGAACAUUCCAUUAGCAUUAAAUUACAUCCAUAAUGGGAAGAAAUCUAGAGCCAUGAGUCCUUUAUCUCCAGUUACUAUAGAACAGGCAUCAUUAAAGAUGAUGCAGGCUGUUGGUGGUGCUCCUCAGCGCCCUGCUGGUGAGUACAUCUGCAAUCAGUGUGGUGCUAAAUACACCUCUCUGGACGGUUUUCAGACUCAUUUAAAAACACACCUUGACACUGUCCUGCCCAAAUUGACUUGCCCUCAGUGCAAUAAGGAGUUUCCAAACCAGGAGUCCCUGUUGAAGCAUGUGACCAUCCAUUUCAUGAUAACCUCCACAUACUACAUCUGUGAAAGCUGCGAUAAACAGUUUACUUCAGUGGAUGAUUUGCAAAAGCACUUGCUUGACAUGCACACCUUUGUGUUUUUCCGUUGUACAUUGUGUCAAGAGGUCUUUGAUUCAAAAGUUUCCAUUCAGCUUCAUCUGGCUGUGAAACAUAGCAAUGAGAAGAAGGUGUAUAGGUGUACAUCUUGCAACUGGGAUUUCCGUAAUGAGACAGACUUGCAGCUCCAUGUUAAGCACAAUCAUCUGGAGAAUCAAGGCAAAGUACACAAGUGUAUUUUUUGUGGUGAGUCUUUUGGUACUGAAGUGGAACUCCAGUGCCACAUCACAACACACAGCAAAAAAUACAACUGCAAGUUCUGCAGCAAAGCAUUUCAUGCUAUCAUAUUGCUGGAAAAACACUUGAGGGAGAAACAUUGCGUUUUUGAAACAAAAACUCCCAAUUGUGGAACCAAUGGAGCAUCUGAACCAGUUCAGAAGGAAGAAGUAGAGCUACAGACAUUGCUGACAAACAGCCAGGAAUCACACAACAGCCAUGAUGGAAGUGAAGAAGAUGUUGAUACAUCUGAACCAAUGUAUGGUUGUGACAUUUGUGGAGCAGCCUACACAAUGGAGUCUCUCUUGCAAAACCACCAACUUCGGGAUCACAAUAUCCGACCUGGGGAAAGUGCCAUAAUAAAGAAAAAGGCAGAGCUCAUAAAAGGGAACUACAAAUGUAAUGUGUGCUCACGAACAUUUUUCUCUGAAAAUGGGCUUCGUGAACAUAUGCAGACACAUUUGGGUCCAGUGAAACACUAUAUGUGCCCAAUAUGUGGUGAGAGAUUCCCUUCACUUCUGACUCUCACUGAACAUAAGGUCACGCACAGUAAGAGCCUUGAUACAGGAAACUGCAGGAUUUGCAAAAUGCCACUCCAGAGUGAGGAAGAAUUCUUAGAGCAUUGUCAGAUGCAUCCUGACUUGCGAAACUCCUUAACAGGAUUCCGAUGUGUGGUUUGCAUGCAGACAGUGACUUCUACUUUGGAGCUGAAGAUCCAUGGGACGUUCCACAUGCAAAAGACGGGCACCAGUGCCGCAGUGCAGUCUACAGGGCGCAUACAGCAUCUUCAGAAAUUGUAUAAAUGUGCUUCUUGCCUGAAAGAAUUUCGCUCAAAACAGGACUUGGUAAAACUUGACAUUAAUGGCUUACCAUAUGGUCUGUGUGCUGCUUGUGUUAAUCUCAGCAAAAGUAGUAGCCCUGGUAUCAACAUACCUUCAAGCAGUAAUAGGCAAGGCAUGGGCCAGAAUGAGAACCUGAGUUCCACUGAGAACAAAAGCAAAGGAGGACUGAAGACUCGAUGUUCAAGUUGCAAUGUCAAAUUCGAAUCAGAAAGUGAACUUCAGAAUCACAUCCAGUCAGUCCAUAGAGAACUCGUUCCAGACAGCAAUAAUACACAUUUGAAAACACCACAAGUAUCACCAAUGCCCAGAAUCAGUCCAUCACAAUCAGAAGAGAAAAAGACCUAUCAGUGCAUCAAGUGCCAGAUGGUUUUCUACAAUGAGUGGGAUAUCCAGGUUCAUGUUGCAAACCACAUGAUUGAACUCGAUGGUAGAUAUACCAGUACUUCCACCAGUUCCAGAAUUCCCAGACAGGUGGGCAAUACUAAUGAAGGACUAAACCAUGAAUGCAAGUUGUGCAACCAGACAUUUGAUUCUCCUGCCAAACUCCAGUGCCAUCUAAUAGAGCACAGUUUUGAAGGAAUGGGAGGAACCUUCAAGUGUCCAGUCUGCUUUACAGUAUUUGUUCAAGCCAACAAAUUGCAGCAACAUAUUUUUUCAGCCCAUGGGCAAGAAGACAAGAUCUACGAUUGUACACAAUGCCCACAGAAGUUCUUCUUUCAAACAGAAUUGCAGAGUUAGGAAAUCUAUCUGUUUGGAGUAUCUGAAGGAGGCCUUCUUGCAACCUGUGUAGUUAUUGUAACUGUCCCAUUCAAAGAUCAAGCUGUGUGUUUAAAAAAAAAAUUCAAGAAAGCACCUUAUCUGCAGUAAGUAGCUCCUUCAUUUCUGCACCUCCUUAGCUCUCUUGCUCCUGAAACAUGCAGAAAUAUCAGAAAUCCUGUCAGAUUGAUGGGAGGAAAAGAAAAGCUAGGCAAUAGGCAAUGAUUCCCACUGGAUGUGGAUACAUGGUCAGGUUGUAGCACAAACAGUCUAAAGUCUGAAUAAGGUGAAAGAGGCAAUUCAACUGAGUCAUUAGUUCUCACUGAGAAUUAUAGACGAUGUCAUAGGAAGGGCAUGAUUGGGAGGAUAGUGACAGCAGAGGGCUCAUAAAUAUCAAAAACAUGGAGAGAGAGAGAAAAAAGAAGGAUCCUCCAGGAACUCUAGAAACAAUGCCAUACAGAACGUAUGCAGCAUUGUGCCUAAUAUGCCAGGCAUUAUGAAGCCCUUCAGUGUUUACUAACAUUUGUAGACAACUCCAACAUGGCACUUGGUGGCAGGAAAGUAUUUAGAAAAAUCAGAAAUAAUAAAUUAAAACAAAACAUAUACCUAUGAAGUUGGAAUGCCCACAAUCAAUCAAGGCUGAAAACACAAUGGAAUAAAAGUAUUUUAACUCCUCUGUAGAAUACAAGAAGGAAGGAUGCUGUAAGUAUCUCUGAGGGAAACAUACUCCAGAUUAUGAGGGCCAUUAGAGAAUAUGUGCUAAUAAUAAUAAUAGGCUACUCUUAACCAUCCUAUCUGGAAUCAUGGAAAUAAGAUGUUUUCAUUAUAUUAUGAAUAUAAUGUUGAUUUAUCAAAUCCGAGUUUUUUGGAAACAUAGGUUUCAGCUAUAUAGAAAAGAAUUAAUAUAGAUCAUCAGCAAACAGAUGUAGACCUAGGUUCAAAUUAUUAAUCAUACACUUUACUGUUUUGAAAAUAUAAGACAGAAUUUUAUAUCUUCCUUCUGCAACUCAAUAACCAUAUAUUUUCUUUUAUUUGCAGGUCAUGUAUUUUGCAGAAUAAUAACUAGUAACUAUAAAUCUACUUUCUUCAUUGAUAGUUUUCAUUUUAUCUCAUCUUUUCAUUCAAGAGUGAUUAAGUAUGCAAAGAAAUGAUGGGCUUUGUCAUGAAAAAAAGUUUGUAAAAUAUCUAAUCCAGACCCCUUCUUUGAGGUAUCUUUAUUUUCACACAGUUCAAGUAGAGUGACUCAGCAGCUUGCUCUGUCACAUUAUCACAAAUAGUAAGUCAAACAAAAGAAGUAAAUCCACCAUAUACAUACCAUUUUUGUAAGAAGUGGAAUAGCUUGAGACAUAUAUUUUUUGUUACAGAAGUGAUUCCCUUGCAUUACAUAAAUAUAUAUGUCUGACAUAUUUUGAACCAGAUUGUUUUAAGGGAGGUCCACUGUUGUUUUUAAUCCUAAUGUCACAGAUUAGUGGUUUAUCUCCAUUUUAAUUAUCACCCAGUCUUUACUUGCCAAGCCAGUGGCUGAAACAUUGCAAUCUAAGUGACCUUCUGAAAUCUUAAAUUAUUCAGGUUCUGAUAUUCACAUACUUCAUUCCUCUAUCCCACAGCAAAAUAAUUAAAUAUGAUCCUGCCUUAGAUAUCAAUGACUACAUUGUACCUUUAGAGGAAAAUUCCUUAAAUAUACCUUGUGAUGCUACAUACAGAAAUACAAAGCUUGUUAAAUGGAUAUGACAUUAUAGUUGGCUUAGUUUUAAAAACACCUGUGUGAUUAUCAAUUUAAGCUCCCAUUAUUUGCCACUAAUUACUAAGCAGAGCUGUUAAAUAUUUAGCUGUAGUUUAUUUAAUUGGCUUUGACCUAUAAAGAAAUAUGUGCAUUGCCACAGAUUUUGUUUCAGUUCUGUGCUCCCACUUAAGCAAGUAGAGAAUGCUUAUUUAUGUAAAUUAUAAACACUAUACAGCCUAUCAGAUUUCCUGGUUUAUCUUUUUCUUACUGCUACAGAUGUAUUUCUUAUGAAAAUAUCUACAGUUAAAGCAUUGAGAAAGAGCAAAGCAUACAGAUGUAAAAUGAGAGAGGUUGUACUUAAACUUGUUUACAGAUGUUCUUGUUUAAAAAGCUCCAGCACAAUAAAUUAAACAUAACAAGGGAAAAAAUGAAAGCAUAGCAACAACUGGCACAUGAACACAUCUGUCCAUAAUGCACUGACUUAAUCCUUGAAUAUUUGAUUAGGUGGUCUUGUCUAUCAAUGCCCAUAUCAUUCUGCUGUACUGGAGCUGCAACAAAGGAACAUAGAAGCUUCUUUCAAAUUUUCUCAACUUGUUUGAAAAAAUUCAGGCAUUUGACACCUAGCAGAAUAGCAUGCAUACAGAAAAAAAUCUGAGGGAAGGGAUUGACUGAUUGACUAAUUUCACAUUCCUUGAAUUUAUCAAGCCUUUAUUUCAUCGCAUUUAUAAAAGUACUGUUACAAAGUAUCAGGUGAAUUGGAAAAUGAGUUGGAACUGGAACUGGAAGGAAACUUCUGUUCUUUCUUGGUGGCAAACCAUAGUGUCAGUGAGCUUUUAAUAAGUAGCAUAAUAUACUACUUGAAACAUAGCAGAGAGAAAUAGUCUCACAAUAUAGAGAUGACUAUUUCCAUUUUACUCUGUUCAUAAGACACAUCCAUGGGAUAGACCUAGGUGUUAUUUGAACUAGCAUACUACCCAUUUAAAAAAUCCCUUCUCACCUUUAUGGGUGAUAUGUGUCUUUUUCAAUCUAUAUCAGAGAACUGGGAGUUUAACGGUCCUGCACAGUAUCUUGCUGUUCCUAGCACUGGAAUCUUCUUGACAGAGAGCUCUCUUGUUGCUUCUGGGAUAUGGUGGAGCCACUUUCCCAGUUUAGGAAUCUGAGCCCCAAGUGUUUCUACUGUUACUAGGACCACUUUGGCUUUCUUUUCUUCAUCCUUUCUUGUUCCAUACUCCUCCUUUCUGAUGUUGCUGUCAUUUGGCACCGUUAUAUCUAUCACUGUCACUGUCUUCUGGUCCUUGUCCACUACCAUGAUAUCUGGUUGAUUGACCAGUACUUGCUGUCCGUCUGGAUCUGGAAGCCCCACAAGAUUUUAGCCUUCAUGACUUGUGGAAUCUCCCAUCCAUUCUGUGGAUGUUCUUGUAAACAAUGCCAACUACUUGGCUGUGUUAUUCAGUGUAUGCUGUUCCUGCCCACACCUUACAUCCUACCUCUUUAUGUUGGACUGUCUCUGUGGCUUCUUUGCACAGUCUGCACUUCAGUUCCUGUUUCGUAUGGUAGACCCCUGCUUCUAUGGAUCUGGUGCUGCUGUGAUCAGUGCCUCAGUACUAUCCUUUAGUCCAGCCCUUUCCAGCCAUGGGUGAGAGUUCCCAGUGUCGGCCAUCUGAAUUAUCUAUCAAUGGUAUUUCUCAUGCAGUUCUUAUCUUGCAAUGGGACUUCCUCUAUUUGAUCUUCCUCCCUUGUCUGCUGUUGCAUCAGGCAUUCUCUCAGCUGUUUAUCUUUGGGUGCCAUAUAAUUUAUGUAGUCUUGGAUGCUUUGGGUUUCAUCCAGGACAGUGAUUUUGACACUCAGGCCCUUCCUGCCUUUUUCUAGCUGGUGUGCAGUCUCAGGGUGUUGCAUUUGGGCUGGAAAGCUUUGUACAUUGUGAAGAGCUUCUGGGCCUUCAAACUGGCAGCCUCCAUGUCUUUCUUUGGCUAGAUCACUAUAUCAGCAGGGUAUCAGAUGAUUGGCAGGGGAUACAUAUUGAUAGCAUUAUGGAUCUUAUUCUUCCUAUUGAACUGGCUCUUCAGAACCUGUUUUACCCUUUGGCCAUACUUGGAUGUAGCUGUCUUCCUUGUCUUUUCCUCAUGGUUCCCAUAUGACUAAAGUACUGUAUGUAUGCUAGGUGGCCUGCUGCUAGUUCCACCUCAUCACCUUAACCAUCUUCCUCCAUUCCUCCACCUCAAUACACACAUGUGGUGACUCACAAAGAAAAGAAAAACCAUUAAUAUUAAACAAUAUGUAUCAUAAAACAUUCUAAAGGAAAUGUGCUUUUUCAGGAAGCAACUGGACUUUCUUGUUUGUCUUUGAAGACAUUUCGCUUCUCAUCCAAGAAGCUUCUUCAGCUCUUACCGGAUGGUGGGGAAUGGAAGGA